CAAGCAAAUAGAAUCUAAAGUAAAGCUAUACCUUCGUCUUCAUCAACCCAAACCACAUCAUAAUCUUUACAAAAACCAAAAUCUAACACAAACCCAUUUCAGAUCUCACCUCAAUCUCAAAUGGGUAUUUGUUGGUCUUUCCUAAAACCUCAUCGAAGCCAUGAUAUCCCGAUUUCAUCACCUUCACCCCCUCAUCACCAUCUUCCUCCUGCAGAUGAUCAUCAUAACCAUUUCAUCCCUGAUCAAGAAAGAACAUACUAUCCGAUCCCCAGUAAGUUCGACCCACAGAAAACCAUCAAAAACCAUGAAGAAGGGUCUAUUCUAGGAAAGGAGUACGUCGAUCUAAAGAAAGUUUACUAUAUCGGGAAAGAAUUAGGGAGAGGACAGUUUGGUAUCACGUAUCUUUGCACUGAAAAGGCCUCAGGUAAGAAGUUUGCAUGCAAAUCGAUAUCAAAGAAGAAGCUUGUUACAAAGAAGGAUAUGGAUGAUGUAAGGAGGGAGAUUAUGAUGCUGCAACAUCUGACUGGGCAACCAAAUAUUGUGGAGUUUAGAGGGGCGUAUGAAGAUGAAAGUAGUGUGCAUUUGGUUAUGGAGUUGUGUAAUGGUGGUGAGCUUUUUGAUAGGAUAACAAAAAAAGGUAGUUAUUCUGAGAAAGAAGCAGCCAAGAUUGGGAGACAGAUUGUGAAUGUGGUGCAUGUUUGUCAUUUCAUGGGGGUUAUGCAUCGAGAUUUGAAGCCUGAAAAUUUCUUGAUGGUUAGUCAAGAUGAAGAUUCGCCAUUGAAGGCUACUGAUUUUGGGCUUUCUGUCUUCAUUGAAGAAGGGACGAUUUAUAAAGAAAUUGUAGGAAGUGCAUAUUAUGUGGCACCAGAGGUGUUACGACGUCGUUAUGGAAAGGAGGUAGACGUGUGGAGUGCUGGUGUCAUUUUGUACAUUCUUCUUAGCGGCGUCCCUCCUUUUUGGGGAGAGAGUGAAAAGGUAAUAUUUGAAGAAAUAUUAGAAGGUAAACUCGACCUUCAAAGCCCUCCAUGGCCAUCUAUAUCUGAGGGUGCGAAAGAUUUAAUAUCAAAAAUGUUGACCAGAAAUCCUAAAAAACGUAUCAGCGCACAUACAGCCCUUGAACACCCAUGGCUCAAGGAAAAUGGUGAUGCAUCAGAACAACCAAUAGAUAGUGCUGUUUUGAUUAGAAUGAAGCAGUUCAGAGCCAUGAACAAGUUGAAGAAGCUAGCAUUAAAGGUUAUUGCGGAAAACCUAGAAUCAACAGAAGAGAUAAAGGGAUUGAAACAGAUGUUCAAUAACAUGGACACUGACAGAAGUGGGACCAUAACAUAUGAAGAACUUAAAACCGGAUUAACGAAGCUUGGAUCAAGUCUCGCUGAGGCAGAGAUACAACAACUCAUGGAAGCUGCUGAUGUUGAUAAGAAUGGAACGAUUGAUUAUUUGGAGUUUGUGGCUGCAACGAUGCAUCGACAUAAACUUGAUAGGGAAGAGAAUUUGAAAAAAACCUUUCAAUUUUUUGACAAGGAUAAUAGCGGAUAUAUCACUAGAGAUGAGUUGAAACAUGCCAUGACAGAUUAUGGAAUGGGAGAUGAAGCAACCAUUGAUGAAGUCCUUGAUGACGUGGACACCGAUAAGGAUGGGAAGAUCAACUAUGAUGAGUUUGUGACAAUGAUGAGGAAGGGAACAGUUGAAACAGGUGAAAAUAGCAAAAUAAAAGAACUUGGCCUCUAGUGUUUGUUUGUUGAGGUUGAGUGAAAUGUUGUGUGGUAAAUAAAUAGCCAAGGGUA